CUGAUCAGCAAACUGCCCUUUUCCCGCGUGGUGCGGGAGAUCUGCCUGAUGUACACCCGGGGUGUGGACUUCCGCUGGCAGGCCAUGGCCCUGCUGGCCCUGCAGGAGGCGGCAGAGGCAUUCCUGGUGCGGCUGCUGGAGGACUCGUAUCUCUGCUCCAUCCACGCCAAGCGCGUCACCCUCUUCCCCAAGGACAUCCAGCUGGCCCGGCGCAUCCGUGGCAUCCAGGAGGGCCUGGGCUGAGGGGGGCCUGAGUCUCCCCGGGACCCCCCUGUGCAGCCCCCGGGGCCUGGGCUGAGGGGGGCUGGACCCCCCGGCACAUCGGUGGAGUCCACAACCGGCUGGGCUGAGCAGGGCCCAGACCUGGAAACCUCCCCGGACCCAACCUGUCCCCGAACCCUCCCCUGCAGCCUCCCUCCCAACCCCCUCUGCCCCCCAGGGAGGUUUUAUCUGAGCCCCCCUUUCCCGGCUCUUUUUAUUCCCCUGAAUUCCCCCUCGGGUCCCCCCAGUCUGAGCCUGGGGCCAGGACACCGCAGGAGCUCCGGGACGUGGGCGGCUGCACAGGUUUUAACCUCGGAUAUUAACUUUUCUCCUGCCCCAGACGCCCCCCCCGGUGGAGAGGGGGAGCCACAGCCAAGGGCAUGGGGGGGUCUCUGACUAGCACUUACCCCCCAGCCAGGCGCACGGGGGAGGGGGGCCCCUGGAUCGGGGGGCGGGCCGGUGCGUUGUGUAUUGUACAGGGCAGCUGCUGUCACCUCAAUAAAGUUGGUUUGAAAUUG